AUGGUCAACAGUCUCAUCGGCAUCAAGCCGCUCCUGCUCGGAGCGCUGUGCGUUGCUCCGCUCGCCCUCGCCAGCCCUUACAAGUGUGUGGCCUCCCCCAACGCCUGCCAGGCUGCCGAUGCUGCUCCCCGUGUUGAUUGUGGAAAUGUCACCACCACCGUCGACGAGUGUGUCGCUUCUGGCUGCUGCUGGGGCACCCCUCCUGCCAAUCAGCCCAACGGCCCCUACUGCUUCUUCUCCUCGGUCCAGCUCCUGAACCCUGCCGCCUGUCCGGCCACUCCAAUCGACGCUUCCGACCGAACCGACUGCGGGUACUUUGGUAUCAACCAAGGCCAGUGUGUUCAAAAGGGCUGCUGCUGGGCUCCCCUGAGCAACAACGCUACCGGACCCUGGUGA